AUGGCGGAAGGAGGACAUUUGUCACAAACUGUGUUCAGCGCUUCAGAGGAAAUAUAUGAUUACAAAUGUUCACCGUGCGAAGAAGCUGGAGUAUAUAAAGAAGCACAUAAAUACUGUGAUAGUUGUAAACUAUAUUACUGUAAGAAAUGUCUCGGCGAACACAACAAAUUUCCGGCUUUAAGAGGACAUCUGAUUAAAGAUGUGACCUCUCAACCGAAACAGACUGUUCAAACUGGGCCAUCAGGUGCAUCCAUACCAGCACUACUAGUUGAGCCGUGUGAGAACCAUCCCGAAGAAUCGAUAAAGAUGUAUUGUGGUAAACAUGAUGCUGUCUGCUGCACUGUUUGUAUAGCGCUCGAUCACAGAGAGUGCAAAGACGUUCACUACAUUCUACAGCUGGCUAAAGAUAUCAGAACAAGUCAGGAAUACAACGACUACGUGAAAGAAGUGACAAGAAUCAAAACAGUGUACGAAGAAAUUAAACAUUCCAUCCAAUAUGAAAUAAAGACUAUGAGUAAUGUAAAGACUGAAAUUAUCAGAGAAAUAAAAGAGUACAAAAGAGAAUUAGUUUCAAGAAUAGAAGAACUCGAGAGUAGGUCGCUUGAAAAAGUGAAUGAAAGGUGUAAGCAAAUCACAGAAAGAAUGAAUGUAACUGCAAGUCAUGUUGAUGAAUUAUUAGACAGGGUAACAAAACUUGUGCGAGAGAUCGAUAUUACUAGUGAGGCACAUCUGUUUGUCCAAAUAAAAAAAAUGAGACAAAUGAAAAACGAAAACGAUAUGACUGACAAAGAACUUAAAACGUUUGAAGGACUUAGUUUUUCAUUAGACGACAGUAUUAGAAAUGCUCUCGAUAAUCUCGACGGACUUGCUAUCGCAAACGUACCUCUCAAAAUUCUUUCGAAGAAAGAGUAUAUUAUAUUCGAAGAUGACGACUACCAUGUUUGUGAUAUGUGUAUGUUGGAUGAUGACACCUUGGUUAUGACAGGUAAUGACAGACUGAAACGUUUCAGUAGGUCAUUUAAAGAUAUGGCUAACAUAUCGGUCCCAGGGAUAUCGUGUGGUAUUUGUACAACUUCAAGGUCAAAAGAAUUAGCUGUUACAAUACGGGACAGGCAAAAAAUACAGUUUGCUAAAUACAAUGCAAAAACAAUGUCACUGACAAAAUCGUUCAAAGUAGGUGUUUCAUGCAAAGGUAUUUGCUGUAGAGAUGACUACCUCUUCGUCACUUGUGGCGGAGGUGACGGUGACAAUGUCCCAGGUCAUUUAAGACAGUAUGAUAUGAAAGGUAACCUUAUCUGCACAAUUGACACUGACAAUGCCGGCCGGCCAAUCUUCACAUCUCCACGUGUGAUGACUCUUGAUUCUAGCACAUAUAACAUAUAUAUAGCUGACAGAGGCAACGGAAUAAUUGUUCUUGACAGGAAUGGAAAGGUAAAAAGCCAUUUGUAUGAUUUUUUUUUGAAAAAUGGAUUCGGUAUUUGUCUUACAACUACGAAUAAGAUACUUGUGUCCGGUUGUGAUUCCUACAGUAUACAUCAAUAUGAUGAGAAUUUUAGGUAUAUUGGAACAAUCUUGAAUCUGUCGGAUAAAGUGCAAAAUCCUAUAGGCAUACUAGUUGAUGAAUCAAAUAAACGGUUAAUUGUUGGCUUGCGAAAACACAGUAAAGUUUACGAGUACUGUUAUGACACUAAGUGUUAG